AUGUCAAGCAGGGCAGUGCGAGGAGGAGAAGGCUGUCCUCCCGUACUUCUCCACUUGGCCUCCUGCGACAGGUCUGACUACCUCUGUGGAGGAGAUUACAACUACAAACUCAAAUAUUUGUACUCGCUGCAUUUAAAAAAGGCAAGACAAGGCAGGAGCCAGGAGGUGCUGCUGUUUACAGAGCAGAGGAGCCAGGAGGUGCUGCUGUUUUCAGAGCAGAGGAGCCAGGAGGUGGUGCGGUGUGAAAAGCAGUUAUGUGUCUUUGAGUCAGGUUACCUUGUGUCUCUCUCAGUUGAUCUCCAUUUAACAUACAUGUCAGGUCUGAAGAUUCCUGGGCCCUUUGAAGGACCACAGUGGCCUCACCUUGCCUCUCGUAGCACAUACUCAAUUAUAGCAGUCUUAAUGGGUUUCGUGGUGGUCUUAGCUUGUUUUGUUAAUGGCAUGGUUAUAGUGGUAACAAUCAAAUACAAGAAGUUGAGGUCCCCUCUAAAUUACAUACUGGUCAACCUUGCCGUAGCUGAUCUACUUGUCACUAUUUUUGGGAGCAGUGUUUCUUUCCACAACAAUAUCUUUGGGUACUUCACACUAGGCAAAGAGUUGUGUGAAUUUGAAGGCUUCAUGGUGUCCCUUACAGGUAUUGUGGGCCUCUGGUCACUGGCAAUAUUAGCCUUUGAGAGAUACCUAGUGAUCUGUAAACCCAUGGGGGAUUUCCGAUUUCAGAAGAAACAUGCUAUUAUGGGGUGUUCAUUCACCUGGAUUUGGGCUAGCAUAUGGACAUCUCCACCUCUGUUUGGCUGGUGCAGCUAUGUUCCUGAAGGUCUGAGGACGUCGUGUGGACCCAACUGGUACUCCGGGGGUACAAACAAUAACAGUUAUAUCAUGGCCUUAUUUGCGACUUGCUUCGUUAUGCCUCUUAGCACUAUUAUAUUCUCCUAUUCUAACCUCCUAAUGGCACUCCGAGCAGUGGCUGCUCAACAGAAAGAAUCACAGACUACUCAGAGGGCUGAGCAGGAGGUGUCCAGGAUGGUCAUUGCUAUGGUAUUGGCCUUUCUCAUCUGCUAGUUACCCUACGCUGCAUUUGCCAUAAUUGCAGCUACCAAUAAAGACAUUGGUAUUGAUCCGACUUUAGCAUCAAUGCCUUCUUACUUCUCAAAAACUGCCACAGUGUACAACCCUGUCAUCUAUGUCUUUAUGAAUAAACAGUUCCGAAACUGCUUAAUGACUCUUAUAUGCUGUGGACGCAAUCCUUUUGGAGGGGGGGAAGAAACAAGCACGGCCAGUGCCCGUACAGAGGUCACUUCAGUGUCUGAAGGAGGUGGAAACAAGGUCACACCAGCAUAA